GACACGCACAGAACGUCUUCCUUCUCUGAAAAUUUCAUUCCAUGACUUCGUUGCCUUUAGGUCACACUUUCACGGCGCAAUCCUAUGGAUGUAGAAAAACCCACAGCCCUGGGUGACUUAUGAUCAGCGCUUGACCGUAUUCAGUCGUUCUCUCAGUCUGCACGCGUCACAAAUUGACAAUAUAAAACGCCUCAAGGUACUAGACAAUAUAUUCUAUAGUUUAAUAUCGGUUCUUCGUUCCCAUCCUCAAAAUCCACAGGACUGACUCUGCACGGCGGCGUUACUAGUUGAUUGUUAUUCCCAAAGCAUACGCAUACCAGUCCACGUACUAACCCUUCUUGAGCAAACUCGGAAAUGGGAGGUCUAUUCAGUCGAAGUCGCCCAGAAGCGCCCAGUCCAUCCCUCGCCGAUAUAGCAGCGCGCCAGCAAGCAGAGAAAGCUGCUGAGCAAGCGCGACAGGAUGCUGCAGCUGCCAGAGCACAGAUCACCGAGCUCAUCAAGUCGAAUCAAGAGUCUCAGCAAAAGUUUAUGGAAGCUCAGCAGGCUGCUCAGGCAGCCGCGGCAGCCUCGCAGGAGCAGACCUUUAAGGAAAUGAUGGCCAUGGUCCAGAAUGAACGUGCCGCCAACGAAGCUCGCUCAUUGGCGGAAGCCGCUGCUCGAACCGCUACCGCAGAUGCAAAACAGAAAGCAGCGGAAGCAGAGGAGGCGCGUAAGCGAACUGCCGCUAUCCAAGAACAAGCCAAACGAGACGCCCAGGCUGCCCAAGAGCAGGCCAAGAAACUACAGGAGGCCGCCGAUAAUGAGAAGAAGAAGGCGACUGCCGCCCAGGAAUCGGCCAACGCGGCGAAGAAAGCGGCAGAAGAGCAAGUAAAGACGGCCAAUGCUGCCAAGCAGGAGGCUGAACGCAAGUUGAAAGAAGGCAUUCAACCUGUGGUGACUCCCACACCCGAAGAAGUUAGCGCUGCCAAGCGGAAGGUUCAAUAUCGCGAAGACCUUUUCCACUUCGCAGUAGCCGGGGUGGCAGGAGGAGGGAAAUCAUCUCUCAUCAAUGCCUUCCGCGGUUUGCGUAAUAAGGAUGUCGGAUCUGCCGCUACUGGUGUUACCGAGACAACGCUAGCCAUGACCAGAUACGCCAGCCCCAACGCAGAAUACCCAUAUGUCUGGUACGAUAUCCCGGGCGCAGGCACGCUCAAAAUCCCAGAUUGGCAGUACUUCAACGCACAAGGACUUUACGUCUUUGACUGCAUCAUCGUCCUGUUCGACAAUCGCUUCACCAUGACCGACAUCGCUAUCCUCACCAACUGCAGGCGUUUCAAGAUCCCCACCUAUAUCGUGCGCUCUAAGGCGGAUCAGCACAUCCGUAACAUCAUGAAGGAUAUGGGAUACGAUAGUGAUGAGGAUGAAAGCGAGGACCAGAAGAAGAAACUUUACCAGGCUGCACGACAGCAGUUCAUUCAGCAGACGCGCCAGAGCGUGAAAGACAACCUGGAGAAUGCCAAUAUGCCUCAACAAAGGGUUUACAUCAUUUCUAAUGAACCUAUGCUCGGGGUCGUGAAGGAAAAGCGGCCAAAGAAGAUCAUCGACGAGAUUGAGUUGUUGAACGACUUGAUCGGAGAAGCGCAGACCAGGCGCGCACGCCGUGAUACUGGAGCAGCAGCAUGAAGAGGUAGUGGUCGGUGAUGAUAAAGUUCUUUCUAUAUAUAUUUCUUCUUUCAGCUCUUGUUG